AGUCUCGCGUAUUUCCUUCUCCCGCGGGAGUUAUUUGAACGCUCUGGCGGUUACCACGCCCUCGGCUGUCGGCCGCCUGCAGACUGGAGACUGAAGCGUACCUGUGGAGUCCCUGACCGUGGUCAGUCGGUCAGCUGAAGCCGAGCGCUGACAGGCUUCGUCACGACAGGGUCCCGGCGCCAUGGGGGCGGAGAAGAGGCUGCUGCCGAUUAAGGAGGCCUUCCAGCUGGCGCAGCAGCCGCACCAGAACCAGGCGAAGCUGGUGGUGGCGCUGAGCCACACCUACCACUCGGUGGAUGACAAAACAGGUUUUUAUGAGGAGUUUGUUAAUUACCUUAAAUAUGCUAUGGUGGUCUAUAAACGAGAACCAGCUGUGGAGAGGAUAAUAGAAUUUGCAGCAAAGUUUGUUACUUCAUUUCACCAAUCAGAUAUGGAAGAUGAUGAAGAAGAGGAAGAUGGUGGCAUUUUAAAUUAUUUGUUUACUUUUCUAUUAAAGUCUCAUGAAGCAAACAGCAAUGCAGUUAGAUUUAGAGUGUGCCAGCUCAUAAACAAGCUCUUGGGAAAUAUGCCAGAAAAUGCCCAGAUUGAUGAUGAUUUGUUUGAUAAAAUUAAUGAAGCCAUGCUUAUUAGAUUAAAAGAUAAAAUUCCAAAUGUAAGGAUACAGGCAGUUCUUGCUCUUUCACGCCUUCAGGAUCCCAAAGAUGAUGAAUGCCUGGUGGUUAAUGCAUAUGCUACUUUGAUUGAAAAUGAUUCAAAUCCAGAAGUUAGGCGGGCAGUGUUAUCAUGUAUUGCGCCAUCAGCAAAGACUUUGCCAAAAAUUGUAGGGCGCACCAAGGAUGUGAAAGAGGCUGUCAGAAAGCUGGCUUAUCAGGUUUUAGCUGAAAAGGUUCACAUGAGAGCUAUGUCCAUUGCUCAGAGAGUAAUGCUCCUUCAACAAGGUCUUAAUGACAGAUCAGAUGCUGUGAAACAAGCAGUGCAGAAGCAUCUUCUCCAAGGCUGGUUACGUUUCACUGAAGGAAGUAUAUUAGAGUUGCUUCAUCGGUUAGAUGUGGAAAAUUCUUCUGAAGUGGCAGUCUCUGUUCUCAAUGCCUUAUUUUCAGUGACUCCUCUUAAUGAACUGGCAGAAAUCUGUAAAAAUAAUGAUGGCAGGAAAUUGAUUCCAGCAGAUACAUUAACUCCUGAAAUUGCUUUGUAUUGGCGUGUCCUUUGUGAAUAUUUGAGAUCAAAAGGAGAUGAAGGUGAAGAAUUUUUAGAGCAGAUUUUGCCAGAGCCUGUAGUAUACGCUGAGUAUUUACUAAGUUAUAUUCAGAGCAUUCCGGUUGUUAAUGAAGAACAGAGAGGUGAUUUUUCUUAUAUUGGCAAUUUGAUGACAAAAGAGUUUAUAGGUCAACAAUUGAUUCUAAUUAUCAAGUUUUUGGAUACCAAUGAAGAAGGAGGAAGGAAACGACUGCUGGCUAUCUUACAGGAGAUUCUUACUCUACCCACCACCCCAAUAUCCCUAAUUUCUUUUCUUGUUGAGAGACUGCUCCACAUUAUUAUAGAUGAUAAUAAGAGAACACAGAUUGUUACAGAAAUUAUCUCAGAGAUUCGGGCACCCAUUGUUACUGUUGGUGUUAAUAAUGAUCCAGCUGAUGCAAGAAAGAAGGAACUCAAGAUGGCUGAAAUAAAAGUUAAACUUAUUGAGGCAAAAGCAGCUUUGGAAAAUUGCAUUAACUUACAGGAUUUUAAUCAAGCAUCAGAAUUAAAAGAAGAAGUAAAAGCAUUAGAAGAUGCCAAAAUAAACCUAUUGAAAGAGACAGAGCAACUUGAAAUUAAAGAAGUCCACAUAGAGAAGAAUGAUGCUGAAACACUACAGAAGUGUCUUAUUUUGUGCUAUGAACUGUUGAAACAGAUGUGCACUUCAACAGGUAUAGGUGCAACCAUGAAUGGCAUCAUUGAAUCUUUGAUUCUUCCUGGAAUAAUAAGUGUUCAUCCUACAGUAAGAAAUCUGGCUGUUUUGUGCUUGGGAUGCUGUGGACUACAGAAUCAGGACUUUGCAAGUAAACACUUUGUAUUACUAUUGCAGGUUUUGCAAAUUGAUGAUGUGACAAUAAAAAUAAGUGCUUUAAAGGCAAUCUUUGACCAACUGAUGGCAUUUGGAUUUCAACCAUUUAAAACGAAAAAAAUCAAAGCUAUUCAAAGUGAAGGUGCAGAAGUAAACAGUAAUGAAGAGCAAGAGUCAAAAGAAUCUGAAGAAGAGGCUGAUACAGCCAAGAAUGUUCUAAAACUACUUUCUGAUUUUUUAGAUAGCGAGGUGUCUGAACUCAGGACAGGAGCUGCAGAAGGACUAGCCAAGCUGAUGUUCUCUGGGCUUUUGGUCAGCAGCAGGAUUCUUUCUCGUCUUGUCUUGUUAUGGUACAAUCCUGUGACUGAAGAGGAUGUUCGACUUCGACAUUGCCUAGGCGUGUUCUUCCCAAUGUUUGCUUAUGCAAGCAGGACUAACCAGGAAUGUUUUGAAGAAGCCUUUCUUCCAACUCUACAAAUACUGGCCAAUGCCCCUGCAUCUUCUCCUUUAGCUGAAAUAGACAUCACUAAUGUUGCUGAGUUACUUGUAGAUUUGACAAGGCCAAGUGGAUUAAAUCCUCAGGCCAAGAAUUCCCAAGAUUAUCAGGCCUUGACAGUUCAUGACAAUCUGGCUAUAAAAAUUUGCAAUGAGAUCCUAACAUGUCCAUAUUCACCAGAAAUUCGGGUCUAUACGAAAGCCUUGAGUUCUUUAGAACUCACUAGCAGUCUUGCUAAAGAUCUUCUGGUUCUGCUGAAUGAGAUUCUGGAGCAAGUAAAAGAUAGAAUGUGUGUGAGAGCUUUGGAGAAAAUCAAGGUUCAGUUAGAAAAAGGAAAUAAAGAACAUGGUGACCAAGUUGUAGCGGCACAGGAUGACAACACAACUACAGCUGUUUUUCAAAGUGAAGAUGAAAACAACAAAGAAGUAUAUAUAACUCCUGUCAAGGAUGUAAAAGCAACCCGAAUGAAAUCCACUCAGCAAAAGACCAACAGAGGACGGAGAAAAGUGAUAGCUUCAGCUAGAACGAACAGGAGACGUCAGACUGUUGAGGCUGAGGCUGACUCUGAAAGUGAUCAUGAAGUUCCAGAGCCAGAAUCAGAAAUGAAGAUGAGACUACCAAGACGAGCAAAGACGGCAGCACUAGAAAAAAGUAAACUUAACCUUGCAUAAUUUCUCAGUGAAGAUAAAAAUUAGAAGAUAUGAUGGAGGUGGAGUCCUUUGAAAAAUGUCCUUUAAAAUUAUAUUCAUUUCUUUGCUUUAAUAAAGUUACCCUUGUAUGAAAAUUAGAAGAAGUCUGAUUCUUGUAGAACUUCCUGCUGUGUGAUUCCACAUUACUUUAGCCUGUAUUGAAGCAGUGAGACAGCGUCCAUCAGUGUGCUCCACAGACCAUCUCCAUCAGUCAUGGAUUUAAUCAGAAUCUAAGGUGGGCCCAGGAACCUGCUUUUUAACAGCCUUCCCAGGUGAUGCUUAUGAGUUCUCACAUUUAAAAUCGUGGCAUUAUAGACAACUUUUAAAUGUAACUAGCUGGUAACUUGCAUUUGAAAAGUUUGACUUAGAUGUGGCAGAUCCAACAUAGAUAAAAACACCUCAGAACACAUUUUAAAAACGACAUCUUAAGGGCAAAUGAAGUACCACAAACUGGCUAGAGAGGAGCUUACUUCCAGGAAAGACUAGUAUAAUGAACCAAAGUCCCCAGCAUCCAAGUUCAACAGUUAUCAUUUUGAUAAUUUUGUGAUUCUUACACUUAAAAAUAUUUUGAUAAUGCUACAUGCAUGAGUAAUUUUUUUCAUAGAAUGUUUGCAUAAGACCCCAAGUUUGCUUAUGUUGCGAUGGUUCCUGGGUUAGGGAAAUGUUCACAUAUACAUAUUAAUCAUGGAGUUCUCUAUGUUUUUGGCAUAACAAAAUAUUUAUUGUGGGUAAUAGAAAAUACUAGUAGGAAAAGAAUGUGACAGGAAGUCCACUAUAUACUAAUGUGUGAAUGAGCACUAUUUCUUCACUGUAAAUUUAUUUUCUGAAUUGGCACUGGCCUGACUUAAGAAACUUAAAACUGUGUCAAAUCAGUCCUCUUUCCUUCUGUAACUCCCAACCAAACACCUUUUACUCCUCUGAUAAUCAUCUCUAUUAUUCAGAACAGAAAUACCCUAACAUCGGAUCUAAUACAUUGGUUUUAAUAAUAAUUGUGCUUUUUUAGGUUUAUUUACCAGAGGCCAUUUAAGGUGAUGUUCUAAGAUGGAGCUAAAGUAAGAAUGCUGUGCUUUUUUGAGCCAAAUUGCUACAUUACAUAUGUAUAUGUGCUUUAUAAAACUUAGAAAUAUAAAAGGAGUCUGAAGGUUACAAAGAAUGCUUAUUAAGAAAAAGGAAAAGGCAGAUA